ACUAUGUAUCUCCGCAGGGCUGUUGGGAAGACUCUGACUUUACCCCUGAGGACCUCUCCUUCCAGCCCCCCACUGCUCUGGAAGCACGCAUCCCUUCGACAGAUGUCAUCUAAGAGAGUCCCUGGAUUAGCUGGGUCAAACAUGAUAUAUUAUCUCUUUGUUGGUGUCACUUUUAGUGCUGGUGGCUAUUAUGCUUACCGGACAUUCACAUCAGACCAGUCUCGGUACACAGAACGUAUCAAUAACAUGCAAGUGAAAAGUACCAUGAGGGAAUCACCAGAGAUGCUACAACAUCCAGAUGAGGAAGUAAAGCCCACAGAAACCAAUGAAGGCUGUUCAGAAGCCCCUAAUGACGCUCCUCCUUUGGAGGCUGGUUUGGCAACAGCUGAAGAAAUUCCAGAUGUGGAAGAUGAAGCCCCAGAGGAGACUUCUGCAGUCAGUGUCGAAGCUGGCUCAGAAGAGACUCCGGCAGUCAGCGUUGGAGCUGGUCCAGAGGAGACUCCGGUAGUCAGUGUCGAAGCUCAUCUAGAGAUCAGUGAAGUUGCUAUGGUCGGUGUAGAAUCAGGGCCAGAGGGCACAGAUGCAGCUGUGCCAGAGGCAGCUGAGGCCAGCAACACAGCUCCUAAGCCCGAGGAAGCCUCAACUGUAGAUACUGAACUGGAGGAAGACAAGAAAUCUCCCCCAGAAGCUGAAACCUGUACAGAGGCUGAGUUACAGGAAGAAGCCCCUCCCCAGGCCUGAAGCUACCUUAGCCCACUGGCUAGGUGGUGAAGUGGAGAGGGUACAGGUUCUGGAGCCAAGAAGAUUCAUCUUCCUGAGUUCAAAUCUGGCCUCAGACACUUACUACAGUGUGACCCUGGGCAAGUCAC